GUUUACUUUUUAGAGUUCGAGUCGAACUAUUUCUCUGAUCUGUAUCCAGUGGUAUCACUCCCUAGGCCCUGUGUGUGAUCGGCGGCUUUGGCGAUGACCACUUUGUUCAGCUGUGAGGCGACGGAUCGCUGGAAGCAGUGCUUGAAGAGCUAUGGCUCUGUAAUCAAGGCGCUGAGCGACAAGAAGAUCGAGUCAGCUGCCAAAGCCAAGAAGCCCAAACCGAAUCCAACCUUGCUGCAGCUGGAUAACUGGUAUCAGAAUGAUUUGCCCGGUGCAGUGUGUUCACGAUCCCCAGCGCAUGUCACCCAUGCUGAGAUGGCGAAACUCAUGCAGUGGAAACUAACCCGUGGCAAGUUCCGACCUCGCCUUGCGCAACUCAUACAGGAGAAUACGUCUGAGAGCAUUGAGACGUGUACACGCGAUGCGUUCACUGCUUACGACAAGGAUAAGGACCUGGCUGCUGCUAUCCAGAAGCUGUCCAGCCUCAAGGCUGUCGGGCCUGCAACUGCCUCGGCCGUGAUGGCCUGUCGUUUUCCGGAGUCAUGUCCGUUCAUGGCAGAUGAGAGUGUGACAGGUGCCAUGCCCGGCAUAGCUAUACAGUAUACACACAAGGGUUACAUGGCAUAUGCAAGCAAGGUGACAACCAAGGCACGGAGGCUGCGUGCGCAGGAUAAAUCGCAUCGCUGGACGGCGCACGAUGUGGAGCUGGCCCUCUGGACGGACUCUCUCGCAAAGACUCUCGGAGUUGAGCUGGAAAUCGCAGGGGAUGAUGACAGUACUGCUGGUAGCAAGGACAGUGCGGCAGCAGCAGCAGCAACGAGUACGGAGCCAGCAGCCAAGCGCCGCAAGAAGUAGUGCCCAUACGGAUAUAGACAUCAAAUGUGUUGCCACAGCUUGGUGUAGUGCACUCUGCAGUUGUGGCUAGGAUGUGAAACGCUGGGAGUAGUAUUCUUUAUCUUCACGAUGGUGACUCGCGCCAAUAAGAGAUGAGUAGCUACGGCUGCUGUCUAUGCAGGUUCUAAGUGUUUGUCUGGAGGGUGAAGUGCUGAUGGGUGCACCGUAGACACAGUCAAACAUUUCCUUUAGAACGUGUUUUCGUUGAACGCUACGCAAUAAUAGUACGCAUGCAUCAGGACACCCCGCUGCAUGGCUUGCAUUGAUCUACGAGACGGUGCUUACCGGUGCUGGCAGUGACACUGCUGUGGGUAUGCGACACACACAUACACACACACACGGCUCAUGACAUAUAGGUCAUACUGGAAGUGACAGGGCGGCACGAGGUUUUCCAGCCCUAUCACACUAUUGAUAUGCCGCAUUCCAUUCUGAAAUUCGUACUUUUCUAGUUAUGACUCAUCUUCUCAUCGCUAUAGUUAGUAUAAAAAUACUUCUUGGGCCAGAAAAUUUACCCUGAGUGGUCUUCACAUUUUUUUAUCAAGACUUGGUCUGUACAUGUCAGCUUACUGAGCUUCGCCUUUUGUUUUACAUGUAUUUCUAUCACCUUGCCUGCUGAUCGCACUGUGAUGAGCAUGAAGCUCAGAGUUGCAAUGCACUACUACUACUAACAUGUUGCACAUGUUCCGUUUGGCGUAGUAAUAUUUCCACUCUUAAUUAUAGCUAUGAAUGUGACUCUACUUCAUGA